UUUUUUUCUUGCAUAACUCUUAAGUUGGCGGACUCCGACCUGCCUUAUGGCCCUGGAACUGCUUCUCUGUCCUGUCAAUGUGUCGUUAUGCAAAGAUUAAUCCUAGAUCUAACUUUAUUCCACCAAUCCCACCAACAUUGGCCCGCAGCACGUUUUGUGCUGCUAGCUUGUUACCGGGACUUGGGCCUAGCCACUGUAUAGCUCUGUUUGGCGGAUUGGCGAGUUUUUCGUUGAUUUCGCUGGGGUUUUGGUGACUGGGUUAUUCAGCGAACGAUGGGCCUUUGGGACUGCAACCACCGCUUGCUUUUGCUUCUGAUCUACAUUUUUUUUUUUUUUUUUAGAUUUUACACA